AUGCUUUGGACCUUACUCGAUCGUCGUGCAUAUACCGCUGGUGAGCUUGCCACAUCUACCGGGAUCUCGCCAACUUCUGCCAGUAAUCAUCUUGCCAAACUGCUGGCAGCGGACAUUAUUAAAGUUGAAAGCCAGGGGCGGCACAGGUAUUUUUCGUUUGCUCGGCCUGAAGUAGCUUAUGUAAUUGAAUCACUGGCCACUCUUGCAAAUAACAAAACGGGUAAUAAACAAAAGAAGAUAAUUGCAUCCGGUGGUAUCACUUAUUGCAGAACCUGCUACGAUCAUCUUGCAGGCUAUGUGGCCGUUAGCAUAGUCGAUGCUUUGGAGAGAAAGCACUACAUCAGGAAGAACCAAUCGCUGUAUGCGGUUACUCCAAAGGGAUGGGAAUGGUUUGCACAGUUUGGCAUUGAUAAGGAUGCGUUCACUAAUAAUCGCCGCCCAUUAGCGCGGCAGUGCCUUGACUGGAGCGAACGCCGACCACAUAUAGCGGGACAGUUGGGUGCCGCAUUGUUAGAAUCUAUGUUGGAUAAAAAAUGGUUUAGAAAAGUUCAGUUUUCGAGGGAGAUGAUUGUAACGGCAAAAGGUAAAGAUGAAUUGUAUAAAACACUGGGGAUAGAUUUAAGCCUACGAUAA